AUCUUCAUAGCAGCUGAGCUCAUUCUUCCUCUCACUCGCCCAGCCCUCUAAACGGCCGUAGAUUGUUUCCGAGGCCCAAAUAUUUCCUACAUUAGCUGACAUCAUUUCUUGCCCCAGCAUCCGAACAUUUCCUAGAUUAUUAUUAGUUGACACCAUCUCUUGGUAGCAAAUUCGGUUAUCCCUCUCACUGGCACGAUCUACAUUGGUUAUGACACCUCUCUAGCUCUGGAGGUGCAUCUCUCUCUCUCUCCGCCAUGGCGAAACCCACUUCCUCAGUCUGGUUUCGACCCAUGUAUUCUCUUCUGGCCCCACGGGGCGACACUCUCUGGUACUGCCUAGCUCUACUCUCCGUGCUCUCCCUCCUCGGCCAAGAACUCACUCGUUGCUCCGCCCUCGCCGCUGAUUUCGAAGGUUUCGGUGACGAAGGCGAAGAAGAAGAAACUUCCGAUUCCCCUCAAAUUACCGAUCUACCCUUUCGUUCUCCUCUCCCUCCCCCAACUCUUACUCAAUCCGACUUCGAAACCGACCAUGGUCCUCCCCUUGAAUCUCCUGCCGUCCCAUCUCCACCGUCCGAUCCCACCCCGAAACCCUCAUCCACCACCUUCGAUUACUGGGAUGAAGAUGAAUUCGAGGGUCUCCCAGUUCAAGAACCUCAGCAAGACCAAAAAUCGCCGGAGAACGUCACCCCAUCGUCCCCCGGCGAAUCUGAUUCCAAGCCGGUGGAGAAGCCACCGCCAACUGUUCGAUCUUACACUGUCGAGAUCCUCUGCGGGAGUUUUUUGAUUGCAUUUAUAAUUAAUUACUUCGCCGGAAGGAGAGCAAAUGAGAAUAUUGCAUUGGCUUGGGCGGCGAUGUUUGCCACCAAGGAUUCGAUUUUUGAUAAGAACUUCAGUCUUUUGGGGACUGGGGACGGUAAAGACACGCCUCUGCUGUUGAAAGAAGGGCAGAAUGUGUUUAAAUUCUAUGCGAGCGGGAGAAGAUACUGCCAGAGUUUGCUGGCGACGAUGGAGCUUCAGAGUCGUCAUGACUUGAUAUCGAGGAUUUACAAUUUUAUUGUGCCAUGUAAGGAUGAGAUUACUUUUGAGGUUUGCAUGAAUGAUGAUGCCAUGGAUCAGGUGGUUUUCGCGCUUGCCAAAAAGAAGGCUGCUAAGGUGAUGCAGAAAGAAACUAAGGAUCUUCAGAGGUUUGCGAAUUUGGUCUCACAACCAACUAACAGAAAAUGGGUUGUAGAGGAUUUGUCUGUUAUUUCGGAGUCAAGGGAAGUGGCUGGGGACCUUAUCACUGAGGCUGUGCUUGAUCAGGUCUUUGGUGAUAAAGCAUUUGAGAAAUUUGGUAGGGGUUUCAUCUCCAUGCAUUUCUCUGAUCAACACCCAGGCACCCAUAGGAAGAUGUUGCUGUUCAAAUUUGCUCUUCCAGAUGCCAAUCACAUGGCUGACAUGACACGAUUGGUUGCACUUGUACCUUACUACAUUGAUUUAAUUGGACGGUAUAAAGUCAGUUCACAGGUCCAUUCUAAAACAGAGGCUGCCCGAACAAAGGCUGCUCAAGAGGCAUACAAAGAAUUCAUGAAUGCUAGGCAGGAAGCUUUGCAGAAGAGGAAGGCGGAGAAGAAAAAGAUGAUGGAGGAGGCUGAGGCAAAACUUACUGCAGAAGCUCUUCGCAAGAAAGAAGCAAAAGAACGUUCUCGCCAGAUGAGGAAGGCUAUGCCAAAAGUGAAGAUGACCCGUGCUCACUAGUUCUACAUUGUCAGUUUCAUGGAAGCUCAUGAAACUUUUGGGCUAUCUUCCACAGGCUCAGGUGCUCUUAGUCAGAUUUUUACCAGGGUUUCUUCAAUCAACUAUAUGUCCCCCAUCUAAGAUUAGUAUCUCAGCCCAAACCAUGUACUUAUAGUUGUUGCUUUUACAGACUAGCAUCCAGCCCAAUUUUAGACCUAAAUAUCCCUGCGGGUUCUUAAUGCAACUUUCUUUUUUUUUUUUUUCCGUUUACGCAUUUAGUCUGAUAGGGUUCCACUUGUGAUUCGAUUGGUUUCUGGCCCCCUCAUCUAAAGUUAUGCUGCUUCUAAAUGUCAACAAGCUCCAACUUGUGUUUUUAUUAGGAAUGUAAAACGGGCAGGGCAGGGCCGGGCUGGUUUUCCAUGCUCUGUCCCUGACCAUGAACCCUAAUACCCCACCCCAUACCCCUACGGGCCUAAAAAUCCCAACCCCUCUGCAGGAAACAGGGAUCCCAGGGAUCCUCGAAUUUGUCCCACCCUGUCUGUCAUUUCUACUUUCAGAUGGAGGGGAUUCGGGGCUGGGGUGGACAAAUACCAUAUCCAGUUACAAGAGAUAUGGGUUCCCCUGAAACCUGCCCUGAACCUGAUUAGCGGUCGCAGGUUGGAGCCCUGAUGGGGGCAGGUCAAAUUGCCAUUUGAUUUUGAUAAGGGGUAGUUCAGUAUCAGUUGAAGUGGCUGAACUGGAAAACCUAUUGCUUUGAUUUUUUAGUGAACCAAGUUUUUUUAGCGAUUAUUGUGGAUUCCUUCGUCUGAACUCUGAAGCUGCAGUUGGGUAGAACACUGUAACCUUGAAUAUUGUCUAAUUAUUUUAUCCAUUUAAGGACAAAGCAAUAGACUUUCUGCUCUUGCUGGUA